AUGAAUUUGGCUGUUUUUGAGAAUGAUAAAAGUUUAUCCUUAAAUGGAAUAAACAAAGUAUUGGAUGAUGUUUACAACGAUAACCUAAAUUUUCUGUUAAAGAGCAAUCAGAACGAAUUAGAGAGAAGAGAAAUCGAUCAAUUCAGUUACAAAAUCGAAAACCUAUUAAACUCGGUAGAAGAAGAAGGGCUGCGGCGACAUACCGAAAUGGAUAAAAUGAAGGAAACUUUUCAAACUAUUGCUUUGCAGCUUAAAAAUGUAAAAAAAUCCAUUAAAAAGGCCGAGAAAUAUUUAGAGAAAAAGGAAAGUGGAGAAAUUGUCUCGGGUUCAUACAAAACCUUUGAAUCCAUUAAAAAGAGUAUUGCUGAUUUGUAA